AUGACGCUGAUAGCACAGGUCAAUGCCAACCGUAGCGAUGCAGCUCAGGACCUGCUUCUUAAAAAAAUGGAGAAUGGCAAGAUCUCUAUUGCGAUGGUCUCAGAACCGUUUAGAGUCCCUAAGGACGACUCGAGAUGGCAUUCAUCGACGGACAACUCACCAUCGGUUGCGUUAACCUGGCAGGGAUCAAAGCAGACAAUGACCUGCCAAAACCUUGACGCAGGGACGAAUUUUGUGGCUGUUAGAUGGGAGGGGGUAGUCGUUAUUGACUACUAUUUUUCUCCCAAUAAACCGCUGUCCAAAUUUAAUGACUUUUUGGAAACUCUUAGUUCCACUUGUCGGAAGUAUAAGAAGGAACCCUGUCUAAUAUUCGGAGAUUUUAACGCUAGCUCCUAUCAAUGGGACCUAUCACAGAAUUCGCGGGGUAUCGCAUUGACGGAGUGGGCUGCAGACUUGGGCCUAAUCCUGUUGAACAUUGAACAGUCGCCUACGACGUAUCAUCCUCGUGGCUUCUCAACGGUCGACCUGUUGUGGGCCAAUAGGAAGAUGUUUGGUCUGGUGUUGGGCUGGAGAAUUGAGUACAAGGAAGAUCCGCACUUCGACCACUUUUAUAUUUAUAAUAACAUUAAAACUAAGAAUACGGCAAGAAACAGGCUGAAGCUUGCAAGUACCGUUUUUCCCCGCUGGUGUGCCAAACGUCUGGACAGGGACCUUCUGUUAGCGGCUGUGGCUGUUAGAACCUGGCCUGAGACAGAAGAGGAUAAAACAGCUGAACAGUUGGUGGAAUAUAUAAACUCUAUUCUUGUUGAAGCAGCUAAUGCAGCAGCGUCGCAUGCCCGCUCCGGACACCGUUCAUCGUGCUAUUGGUGGAAUGAGGAGAUUGCGGAGAAAAGACGUAUCUGCAAUAUCGCAAGAAGAAGGACCUUUAGGGCCAAAGGUAAAAUCAAUCCUGAGGCUCAAGAGGUAAAGAUAAGAUGA